AUGUUCGUGGCCUGUAUCCUCGUCUCGUAUCCCCUUCAGUUCUACGUCCCCAUGGAAAGAGUCGAAAAAUGGAUCAAGAGAAAGGUUGAAAAAGUGAGAAUCAAUGUCACAUUUUCAAAUUUUGAGGUGGUCGAGACGAAACAAGAACCUUUGAUCUACACUGUCCGCUUUGGCGGUGUCAUCUUCACUUGUGGGUUUUUGUAAAAACUCAGUUUCAAAAAGCUUCUUACUGAGAAAUGUUUAAAAAAAAGCUAAAAAUCUAAAAUUUUGAGCAUUAUUUUCUUGUUUUUCAGAAAAAAAAAAAUUUGAAGGGAUGUAUUUUUUUAGUCAUAUUUUUUCAUUUAGCUUUUUUCUUGGUACCCCCAGCGACCUUUCCAGUAUAUUUUUAUUGGACGAAAUGUUGAAAAAAAGGUUUUUUGGGACCUUGACAGGAUUUUUUUUUUUCAAAAAGGUUUUGAGAAGCUUUUCUGAAGCUCCCUAGAAUCUUCCCUUUCCUCAAGCCUGAGAAUGAUAAAAGUUUUGCCAGCUGUGUCUAAAAAGUCCAUAAUCCCUCCCAAUUAUCCACACUAAAUCCUUAAUCGCCGUUCCAACUUCAAAGUCCCCAAUCUCUUGAUUUUUACUAAUGGAAGACGGUCGACAGGUCUGAUGGCGCAGUUGAUCCCGCACCUGGCCUUGUUCAUCUCGUUGGUCGGCAGCGUCGCCGGAACUUCCCUCACUCUCGUCUUCCCGCCGUUGAUCGAACUCCUUUGCUGCUACUCAAGGUGAACACAGGAAAAUUAUUAGCGCUGAAAAAAAAAUUGAACGCAAUAUUUUUCUCCAAAUACUGGACAGUACUCUGUAGACUUCACAUAUUUCGGAAACUUCUCAAAAUUCGCUCAGAUUCAAAAUCAAGAGUUUCUCAACUAAUCCACUUUUAUUUUUGCCUCCUAGUUGAACUGCUUUUGAAGCAAUGAAGAGAGAAAAUUUUAUUUGUGUUUUAGAAAAAGAUGAAAAAUAUUUUUUUGGAGAUCCAAAAAAAUCUAGAGUGAAUAGUUUUCCUUUGUUAGAAUCGUCUUUUUCCCUCGAAUUCCGGGACUUUUCGGAAAAAAGAUCGAAGAGCCGCACUUUUUCAACCCAUCUUUUCGUUGAAAACGGUUGUCCGGCGCAACACAUGUGCCAUGUGACGUGACCGAACGCCACAAAGGUCAAUUUGAAAAAAAAAAUCGAUUUGAAAAGACGAAAAUUUUAAAUUUUUUCAAAAACAUGAAUCUAUUGCUACAAUUUUAUGGUGUUCUGAACUUUUUUUAAAAGCUCUGAAAAAAAAUUUAUUUAAUGAAAAUUUCCAAUUAACCUUUCCUUUAUAAAAUUGUUAUUGAUUCCUUGAAAAUUGAAGACUUCUCCAGAAAAUUUCCAGAUUUGAUACAUUCUAACGAUUCAUAAGUCACUGAAGACUUGAAUCAAGUUAAAAAUCAGGAUAUACCGGAAACUUCAGAUUUUCCAGAUCUUUCAGUUUUAUCCUAAUAUUUUAGCUUUUCAACGUAUUUUGCUUAUCAAGGAGCUUUUCAGUUUCACCGCAGUUUUAUAUUCUCUGGAUGAGAUUCUUCCGGGAUAAAAAAGUCAAUGAAGAGCCAAAAUGAAUCAAUAAAGAAAAAGUGACAAAACAGAAAUUAUUUCUUGAUUUUUCAGAGGCGAGUUGACCAAAUGGGUCUGGAUCCGGAACAUCUUCCUGAUUUCUUUCGCUUUCGUCGGCUUCGCCACGGGAACCUACGCCAGUCUGGUGCAGAUCAUCGAGGCUUUCGGAACCUCGGACAUCUGA